AUGGCCACCACAUCGCACAUGUUUAUGUACUCCCUGACGAUUCAGCCCCCAACUGCUAUCACACAGGCCAUCUUGGGCCAAUUUGCAGGCACCAGGGACCAGCAGAUCGUCACCUCGUCAGGCUCGAAAUUGACCAUUCAUCGGCCUGACCCGGCACAGGGCAAGAUCACACCACUCUUCUCUCAAGAUGUUUUCGGCAUCAUUCGCUCCCUCGCAGCUUUCCGCGUAGCUGGAAGCAACAAAGAUUACAUCAUUAUCGGCUCGGACUCGGGUCGCAUCACGAUCAUUGAGUAUGUUCCCUCCCAGAACCGCUUCAACCGUAUCCAUAUGGAGACAUUUGGAAAGUCUGGAGUUCGUCGCGUCGUACCAGGUCAAUACCUCGCAGUAGACCCAAAGGGACGUGCGUGUCUGAUUGCUUCUGUGGAAAAGAACAAGCUGGUCUAUGUUCUGAACCGCAACUCGCAGGCAGACCUCACCAUCUCCUCACCUCUGGAGGCACACAAGCCCCAGACCUUGGUUUUCGCCAUGAUCUGCUUGGACGUCGGUUAUGACAACCCCGUUUUCGCUGCUCUAGAGGUGGAUUACUCGGAAUCUGACCAGGAUCCCACUGGUCAAGCAUACGAAGAAAUCGAGAAAGUUCUGGUGUACUACGAACUUGACCUCGGGUUGAAUCACGUUGUCCGCAAGUGGUCUGACCCCGUCGAUCGCACAGCAUCCAUGCUGUUCCAGGUACCUGGAGGAGACGAUGGUCCCAGUGGUGUCUUGGUGUGUGCGGAGGACAACAUUACCUACCGCCACUCCAACCAAGGUGCGUUCCGUGUGCCAAUUCCGCGACGCAGCGGGGCCACAGAAAACCCUGAGCGCAAGCGCUCGAUUGUGUCAGGAGUUAUGCACAAAAUGAGAGGGGCUUUCUUCUUCCUUGUCCAAACCGAGGACGGCGACCUGUUCAAGCUCAACCUGGAAAUGGUGGAAGACAAUCAGGGUAAGCCCACAGGAGAAGUGAGCAGGCUGACGAUCAAAUACUUUGAUACGAUUCCAGUAUCAACGAACCUCCUGAUCCUGAAGAGUGGUUUCCUCUACGCUGGCUGCGAAUCUGGAAAUCACAAUUUUUACCAAUUUGAAAAGCUUGGCGAUGACCCCGACGAGCUUUUCUUUUCCAGUGACACAUUCUCGGCUGAUCCCUCUGUGCCCACCGCGCCGGUCUACUUCCGUCCCCGAGGCGCUGAAAAUGUCAACCUCAUGGAAAGCAUGAACUCUUUGAGCCCUCUGAUUGACAGUAAAAUCCUCAAUUUGAGCGAGGAUGAUGCACCUCAAAUCUAUACCAUCUGUGGCUCUGGAGCCCGAAGCACAUUCCGGACUCUGAAGCACGGACUCGAGGUAUCGGAGAUCGUGGAGUCAGACCUUCAGCAGGUGCCUUCGGCUGUAUGGACAACUAAGUUGACGCGAGCCGAUGAGUUCCACACGUACAUCAUUCUCUCUUUUGCAAACGGCACCCUUGUCCUGAGCAUCGGCGAAAUUGUCGAAGAGGUUUCAGACACAGGGUUCCUGUCUUCGGCUCCCACUCUGGCAGUGCAGCAACUUGGUGAGGACUCUUUAGUCCAAGUCCACCCGCGAGGUAUUCGUCACAUCCUCUCAGAUCAGCGAGUCAACGAAUGGCCUGCACCACAGCAUCGGUCUAUCGUUGCGGCAGCCACGAAUGAACGCCAAGUUGCAGUGGCACUCAGCUCCGGUGAAAUUGUCUACUUUGAGAUGGACGCAGACGGCACAUUGGCCGAAUAUGAUGAGCGACGACAGAUGUCUGGUACCGUCACCUCUCUGAGUAUGGGAGAGGUUCCUGAGGGCCGCAUGCGAAGCUCAUUCCUGGCUGUUGGAUGUGAUGACUCUACAGUCAGGAUUCUCAGCCUGGACCCAGACUCAACACUCGAGAACAAAUCAGUGCAAGCAUUGACGUCUGCACCAUCUGCCCUGCAAAUAAUGGCCAUGGCCGACUCGAGCUCGGGCGGCACGACCCUUUAUCUCCAUAUCGGUCUUUACUCUGGUGUCUACCUUCGUACCGUGUUGGAUGAGGUGACUGGUGAGCUCUCGGAUACUAGAACUCGCUUCAUCGGUGCCAAACCUGUGAAACUCUCCCAGGUUUCCGUCAAGGGCCAAACGGCGGUUCUGGCGCUCAGCACCCGCCCCUGGCUGGGAUACUCUGACGUCCAAACCAAGAGCUUUAUGCUCACUCCUUUGGACUACGUCGGGCUAGAGUGGGGAUGGAAUUUCUCCAGUGAACAGUGUGUGGAAGGCAUGAUCGGCAUUCAAGGCCGUAGUCUACGCAUCUUCACUGUUGAAAAACUGGACAACAACAUGCUCCAAGAGUCCAUCCCUCUCUCUUACACUCCUCGACGCUUUGUCAAGCAUCCCGACCACCCCCUCUUCUACGUCAUUGAAUCUGACAACAAUGUCCUGUCUCCUGCCACCCGCCAGAGACUAAUUGACGAUUCUCAAGCUCAGAAUGGUGAGGUUGCAGAUCUCCCGCCCGCAGAAUUUGGAUAUCCCCGAGGCACUGGCCACUGGGCUUCGUGUGUCCAAAUUGUGGAUCCGAUCACCACCAAAUCUGUGAUCUCCACCCUUGACCUCGAGGAUAAUGAGGCAGCAGUCAGCCUUGCCGCAGUAUCAUUCUCAAGUCAAGAUGAUGAAACUUUCUUGGUUGUGGGAACCGCCAAGGAUAUGACAGUCAGCCCUCCCUCGGCUUCUUGUGGUUUCAUCCACAUUUAUCGAUUCCAGGAGGAUGGCCGAGAGUUGGAGUUCAUUCACAAAACCCAGGUUGAUGAGCCCCCCUGGCUCUCCUUGGCUUCCAGGGCCGUCUCCUAG